GAGCCCAUCUGUCAUGGGAAUACUGGUGGCUGAACGCAAGUUCUUUGGCGAGAUCGGGAGCCUCGACGGUGGGAUGAAAAUAUACGGAGGUGAAAAUGUAGAGCUCGGCAUCCGGGUAUGGCUGUGUGGAGGCAGCAUAGAGAUAAUCCCCUGCUCAAGGAUCGCUCACAUUGAACGCUUUCAUAAGCCUUAUGCCCGAGAUCUGAGCUCCUUCGUGAGGCGCAACGCCUUGCGGGUGGCGGAGGUGUGGCUGGACGACUACAAAUACAACGUGGAAGUGGCCUGGAACCUCCCCAUUGGCAAUCAUGGGAUAGACAUCGGAGAUGUUUCUGAGAGGAAGAAGCUGAGAGAGAAGCUGAAGUGUAAGCCCUUCCAGUGGUACCUGGAUAAUGUGUAUCCUAUGCUGGAACCAAUGAGCGACCUGCUUGGUUAUGGAGCUCUGAUUAAUGACCUCCUGCCUGAUCAGUGUGUGGAUCGGGGCCCAGUUCCUGGCUUCAUCCCCAUCUUACAUGGAUGCCACUUCUUCACCCCACAGCAUUGCCAUUACCACACUGAUGGGACACUGCACAUCGGUGGGUUCAAAUCCCACAAAUACGACAGCACAGACUGUCUGCUGGAUCCUGGUUUAGGAGCUUUACCUGGACUGUAUCAGUGUAGAAUGGCAGAGCAGAAGAAACUGCACAUGUUCUGGGACUUCAAACAGGGGGGGCAGAUCCAGAACAGAGAAACAAAGAGGUGUCUGGAAAUCUCAAUGCGAGGCUUGAAUCUCAAACUGGUUCUUCAGCAGUGCAGUGGUCAGCGAUGGAAGCUGCAACAUGUGGUCAACAUUACGGCACAAAAACUGCACAGUCUUUCAGAGAAACUUGUACUGUAAACGCAAAAACAAGUGGAGCUUCAUCCAGGAGGUCCACGGCGACAGCAUCCUUCCUCAUUCAUAGUUCAAGUCAAACAGGAUUAGGUGUAAUGGGGCAGUCAGGAGUUAGCAGAGAUGAAGCUGUCCCAUUUGGUUUGCCACAUGGUAAAAGCUCUGUCCUUAAGCUCAUUGGGCAGCGAGCUGUACCUGCAAACAGAGGAAACGGCUCUAAAUGUACCAAUCAUGGACUUUGCAAAGGAGCAGCUGAUUAUUGGAGAUUUAACUCAUGUAGAUACUUUAGUUUAUGCACACAGAGCAGCUCCUCAGGUCACACCCUUCAUCUCUAUGGUAAUAGAUGGUCAUAAGUUGGAUUAUUUAGAAUUACAGGAAUGUUGCAGAGUUGACUACUCACUGUGGCCUAUAGUCUCUAUGAACCCAAAAGUAAAGUUUAACCAUCACAGCUUGUGU